UUCAAAGUAAAAGGACAAACACGGUCAAAAUAAUAACUAAGCAAUCUGAUGUAAGCUAGAAUCUAGAUCUGUACUCAAAUAGAAUCUAGAUCUAAAUGCUUAUUAAUUUGUGAAGGAUUUGUGUCAAGCAGAACUACUAGUAUACUAUGGCUGCUGUGAAAAGUCCAAUUCACCUGUACAGGCACCUCCUUAGAUGUGUGAGAAAAUUACCUGCUGAUGCUCAGCCAUAUUACAAACAUAACAUCAAGCAGGGUUUUAAAAGUCAUUCAGAUGAAACAGAUAAGGAGAGAAUUCAACAAAUCAUUGAGCGAGCUAUUGAAGAUGCUGAAUGGGUCAUUCAAAAAUAUGCAGCCAAACAAGCUAAACCAACAAAAUGAGACUCAAACACUAGCCUUCCACAUCAAGUGUUUGUUGGCUAGUUUACCUGUGCCACCUGCCUACUGCACUGUAAUAGGUUGACCUUCUGUACCCACAACAUACACUGGUACUGCAAAAGUGUAAAGUACUUGAAGAAAAACUCCUACGUUUGGAAUAUAAAUCAACAGACCUUUUUUUUGCAUGGCAGUUUUCUAUUUUGACCAACAUUUAUAUGUCUAGUAUUUCUAAUCUUUUGGCUCUGUGUUAUAACUGUUAACUGAGUUUUGGCAAUGGUGUGCCACUAUCACUAAGAUACAAACCUUUCUUAGUGUGAGUGUUCUGAAAGGUAUUUUAGUUAUUGAAUGAGAGUGUGUGUAGUGGAAUGUGAUAUAUUAAUAACAGAUGUUAAAUGUGAUGAUGCAAGUAAGGAUGUGACGUGUGAGAGUAUGUUUUGGUUGUUAGGGAAAGGAGUGGAAAUUCUAAGUCUUGGUCUUGUCAUAUGAGGGUGUGUAAGUCUUCGUCAUGUUGUUGUCGUGUAUAUUAUAUGUAAUUAAAGAUGAAA